GCCCAUCAUUGGAAAUGAACAAAUUGCAUUUGCAAUUCAGAAAGUAGAAAUACUAAAUAUUCCAUCCCCCGGAAAGCACACAUGUAGUAAUGACAAAGGAUUGCAAAGGAGAGACUGGCUCCAGUUUCCCAGAGAGAUCCCCUUAAAUGGAUUACUAAAUGGGACACUACAUCAGCUAGUUCUGUUCUCUAGCUGCCUACAUACAUGCACCGAAAAGGGUGAAGUGAAGAAGUGAAGCCUCCCAGCUGAACUACUAUGAGGUCAGAAGCCUUGCUGCUAUAUUUCACACUGCUACACUUUGCUGGGGCUGGUUUCCCAGAAGAUUCUGAGCCAAUCAGUAUUUCGCAUGGCAACUAUACAAGACAGUAUCGAGUGUUUGUGGGUCACAAACCAGGGCGGAACACCACGCAAAGGCACCGGCUCGACAUCCAGCUGGUCAUGGUCAUGAACAGGACCCUCUACGUUGCUGCUAGGGACCAUAUUUAUACUGUUGAUAUGGACACAUCACAUACAGAAGAAAUUUAUUUUAGCAAAAAAUUGACAUGGAAAUCUAGACAAGCUGAUGUAGACACAUGCAGAAUGAAGGGAAAACAUAAGGAUGAAUGUCAUAAUUUUAUUAAGGUUCUCCUAAAAAGAAACGAGGAUACAUUGUUUAUCUGUGGAACAAAUGCAUUCAACCCUUCUUGCAGGAACUACAAGAUGGAUACCCUGGAGUUCCUGGGGGAUGAAUUCAGUGGAAUGGCCAGGUGCCCCUAUGAUGCAAAGCAUGCCAACGUUGCAUUGUUUGCAGAGGGAAAGCUGUAUUCUGCCACAGUGACCGACUUCCUUGCAAUAGAUGCAGUCAUAUACCGGAGCCUUGGAGACAGCCCAACUCUGCGGACAGUUAAACAUGACUCAAAGUGGUUGAAAGAGCCAUACUUUGUCCAGGCAGUGGACUAUGGCAAUUAUAUUUACUUCUUCUUCCGGGAAAUAGCAGUGGAGUACAACAGCAUGGGAAAGGUAGUUUUCCCAAGGGUGGCUCAGGUUUGCAAAAAUGACAUGGGAGGAUCUCAGAGAGUGCUGGAAAAACAGUGGACUUCCUUUCUCAAGGCUCGUUUGAACUGCUCGGUUCCUGGCGAUUCACACUUCUACUUUAACAUACUGCAGGCGGUUACAGAUGUUAUCCAUUUCAAUGGCCGGGAUGUUGUUUUAGCAACUUUCUCCACUCCCUAUAAUAGCAUCCCUGGCUCUGCAGUCUGUGCCUAUGACAUGCUUGACAUUGCCAAUGUAUUUACUGGGAGAUUCAAAGAACAAAAGUCUCCAGAUUCCACAUGGACACCGGUUCCUGACGAACGAGUGCCCAAGCCCAGGCCUGGUUGCUGUGCUGGCUCUACAUCAUUAGAAAAAUAUGUAACCUCUAAUGAGUUCCCGGAUGAUACUCUGAACUUCAUCAAAACACAUCCACUGAUGGACGAAGCUGUACCUGCCAUUGUCAAUCGACCGUGGUUCCUGAGAACAAUGGUCAGAUACCGCCUGACCAAAAUUGCCGUGGAUGCUGCUGCUGGGCCAUAUCAGAACUACACGGUGGUUUUCUUGGGAUCAGAGAAGGGAAUCAUCCUGAAGUUUUUGGCACGGACAGGAAACAGUGGUUUCCUAAAUGAUAGCCUUUUUCUGGAGGAGAUGAACGUUUACAAUCCUGAAAAGUGUAGUUACGAUGGUGUGGAGGACAAGCGGAUAGUGGGCAUGCAGCUUGACAAGGCCAGCAGUGCCCUCUACGUCGCCUUCUCCACCUGUGUCAUCAAGGUUCCCCUGGGACGUUGCGAGCGUCAUGGCAAAUGCAAAAAGGCCUGCAUAGCUUCCAGAGACCCUUACUGUGGAUGGGUGAAGGAGAGUGGAGUGUGCACACAUCUGGUCCUUGGCUCCAAACUGGCAUUUGAACAGGACAUAGAACAUGGCAAUACAGAUGGCCUUGGUGACUGCCAAAAUUCCUUCGUAGCCCUGAAUGGACACUCCAGUUCCUUAGUCCCAAGCACCACCACUUCUGACUCUCGCGCUCGACAGGGUUAUGAUGCUAGGGGACGCAUGCUGGAUUGGAAGGAUCCGCUCGGUUCAUCUGAAAAUACAGAUCCAUAUGUGGCAGUUUCAUCCCAUAAUCAUCAAGACAAGAAGGGAGUGAUUCGUGAGAGUUACCUGAAGGGUCAUGAUCAGCUGGUGCCAGUCACCCUGUUGGCCAUUGCUGUUAUUCUUGCUUUUGUCAUGGGGGCCGUCUUUUCGGGGAUCAUAGUGUAUUGCAUCUGUGACCAUCGCCGCAGAGACGUGGCUGUUGUGCAGAGGAAGGAGAAGGAGCUAACCCACUCCCGCCGCGGCUCCAUGAGCAGUGUUACCAAGCUCAGUGGCCUCUUUGGGGACACUCAGUCCAAGGAGCCAAAGCCUGAAGCUAUCCUCACGCCUCUGAUGCACAAUGGCAAGCUGACUACCCCAGGCAGCACUGCCAAGAUGUUAAUCAAAGCUGACCAGCACCAUCUGGACCUGGCCGCCCUGCCAACCCCUGAGUCCACCCCAACCCUACAACAGAAGAGGAAGCCCAGCCGUGGCAGCAGGGAAUGGGAGAGAAACCAGAACCUCAUCAAUGCCUGCACAAAAGAUAUCCCCCCAAUGGCAUCCCCCGUGAUCCCAACAGACCUGCCACUCAGGGCUUCUCCUAGCCACAUUCCUAGUGUUGUGGUCCUGCCCAUAGCCCAGCAAGGCUACCAGCAUGAGUACGUUGACCAGCCAAAAAUGAGUGAUGGGGCUCAGAUGUCUGUGGAGGACCAGAAUGCCACCCUUGAGUACAAAACUAUCAAGGACCAUCUCAGUAGCAAAAGCCCCAGCCACGGGGUUAACCUGGUGGAAAAUCUCGACAGCAUGCCACCAAAAGUUCCACAGCGGGAAGCUUCCCUCGGGCCCCCGAGCGCCUCGCUGUCGCAGAGUGGCCUGAGCAAGCGGCUGGAGAUGCACUCUUCUGCUUACAACGUGGACUACAAGAGAAGCUAUCCUACAAACUCGCUCACAAGAAGUCACCAGACAUCAACCCUCAAAAGAAACAACACUAACUCCUCCAAUUCAUCCCAUCUCUCCCGUAAUCAGAGCUUCGGCCGGGGUGACAACCCACCACCGGCCCCGCAGCGGGUGGACUCAAUACAAGUCCACGCUGCUCAGGCACAGGCUGUGACUGUAUCUCGGCAGCCGAGUCUCACUGCCUACAACUCACUGACGAGGUCAGGGGUGAAACGCACGCCCUCGCUAAAGCCUGACGUACCUCCCAAGCCUUCCUUUGCUCCACUCUCCACGUCCAUGAAGCCCAAUGACAUGUGUACAUAA